UUUGAGCAGACAUGGUGUGAUGGAAUGUAGAACUCCGCUCUCUGUGAAUGAGCGGUCGUUAAUCGCUGCUAUCGUUAUCUGACAUGGAGAAAUCGAUACACUGCGUCACUCGAAGGGAUGGAGUAGUUGCUGUGUAGCUGGGCGAGCGUGACAAUGGAGCUGGAACCGGGGGUCGAGUUUCCGGAUUUGGUGGUGAUCGGGAUUUAUUUCCUGAUCAUCCUCUCCGUCGGCCUGUGGUCUUCCAAACGCACGUCUGGUCAAGGUGUUUCCAGCUAUUUCUUGGCUUCCCGAAAUAUGCACUUCUUACCCGUGAGCAUUGCAAUUUUUUUGAAAGUUGAAAUCUCGCACGUCGUAAUGAUUUUUUUUAUUGUGAUUGCGAAGGUUGGCGCUUCCUUAUUCGCUAGCAACAUAGGCAGUGAGCACUUCAUAGGACUGGCUGGCUCAGGUGCUGCGUCUGGGAUCGCGAUUGCUUGCUUUGAACUACACGCGAUGUUCACGAUGGUUGUGCUUGGUUGGAUUUUUGUGCCGGUUUAUCGGGCAAGUGGUGUGUUCACGAUGCCUGAGUAUUUGAGGAAACGUUACGGUGGACAGAGGAUUCGCAUUUAUAUUUCUUGCCUAGCGCUGAUGCUGUAUGUCUUCGUGAAAGUAUCCGCGGAUUUGUAUGCUGGAUCAAUUUUUAUGGACCAAGCGUUCGGGUUUAAGCAAUGGUACAUUUCCGUUCUAGUCCUUUUGCUGAUAGCCGGUAUUUUCACUAUUGCCGGAGGACUUUCCGCCGUUAUCUGGACCGACUCCGUCCAGGCACUCAUCAUGACUUGUGGUGACCCGCCGAGUGACGCCAUGCACCUGUUCCGGUCUGCGGUUCCUGGAAAGGCUGACAUUCCCUGGACCGGGGUUGUUUUCGGACUUCCUGUCUCGGCCGUCUGGUACUGGUGCACUGAUCAGGUGAUUGUUCAGCGCGUUCUCGCGUCGAGAAACAUGACCCACGCGAAAGCAGGCUGUAUGGUGUCUGCCUACUUGAAGUUCUUGCCGUUGUUCCUGCUGGUGCUUCCUGGAAUGGCCGCCAGGAUCCUGUAUCCGAACCAAGUUGGUUGUGCUGACCCGGAAACGUGCGAAAAGUUCUGCGGGAACCGCCAAGGAUGUUGGAACAUAGCGUACCCGUAUUUGGUGAUAAAAUUACUUCCUGCUGGUCUCAGGGGUGUCAUGUUGGCUGUCAUGAUGGCUGCGAUUAUGAGCUCUCUCACUUCCAUCUUCAAUUCCGCCUCGACUGUUUUUACCAUUGACAUCUGGAAAAGGUUUAGGAAGGGAUGUUCCGAAGCUGAGCAGCUCUUCGUUGGCAAGGUUUUUGUGGUGCUGCUGGUUUUCCUGAGUGUGGUUUGGAUCCCAGUCAUUAUCAACACCAAGGGGAGUCAGCUGUUCCACUACAUGCAAAGUGUGACGAGUUUCCUGGCCCCUCCCAUCUGUGCCAUCUAUGUCCUUGCUAUUUUCGUCCCACGGGGAGCUUUCACGGGAUUGAUGGUUGGGUUAGCCGUGGGUCUGGUUCGUUUUGGACUCGAGUUUGCUUACAAAGCCCCGUACUGCGGUUCGGGUUUAUCCGACACGAGGCCGGAUUUCGUCAAGAUCUUCGUAGGCAAGGUGCACUUUCUUCACUUCGGAUUGGGCUUAUUCUUGCUGGUGGCGACGGUUGCCGUGAUUGUCUCUUUGUUGACGAAACCAGUGGAUCCUGCUUGCGUAAGGAAUACGACACUAUCCGUUUUAGAUGAUGUACUUCAAGUCAAAGCGUCCGAAACUCAAGAUGAUCGUUUUGGAAUUACGUUACAGUUGCAUCGGCUGACGUUCUGGUCGAGACAUUCACCGGCGAUAAGACUGGAACUGGACGAUGAAAGUGCUGAGGCGAAGGAGACCACCGAAUCAGUC